AUGACGACUAACAACGGAUUGAGGAAACUGACCAAAUUGUUGAAUCAAAUAUACCGAACGGGCGAAUGGCCUAAGGACUUUCUGGAUAUCACGAUGAUAGUUCUUCAGAAAAACCCCAAAGCGAAUAAACGCAGUGACCACAGGACGAUAAGUUUAAUUUCGCACACAGGAAAGGUUGUGGCCAAAAUCCUUACGAGACCACUUAAAAAUAAAAUCGAGCAGUACAUGAGCGAAGACCAGUUUGGUUUUAGAAAAAGAAGAGGCACCAGGGACGCUAUUGGAAUAUUAAGGAUAAUGUCGAAUAGAUGUCUCGACGUUAAGCAGAACAUAUACUUCUGUUUAUAG